CCCUGCACUGCCCGUCCUCUCUCAGUUGCUAAGUAACCUCUGCAGGGGGGCGGCUGCAGCAUCAUCGGAUGCUACUAGCGUACAAUAAAUCAAACGGAGCCAGUUUACAGGAACAAAGUGUCCCAGCUUCAUGAGGAGGAUGGACGGGGGCACCGAGUUAUCUCUGACCAUCGCUCAGAUCGUCCAGCGGCUGAAAGGAAGCCACCUCCACUCUCAGAUAGAGAGACAAGCCAAAGACUGCUUACAUCAACCUGAGAUCAAACUGGAGUCCCUCAAAGAUGACGUACGCAGCUUCCUCAAAACAUCAGGCUGGGAGAGAAAGCUACAGAAUGCUGUGUACAGGGAACUGCAUGUGCAGCUGCCCCCAAGUCAUCCCACAGCUCCUCCUGAGCAUCUCAAGGAGCCGCUGGCCUACAUGCGAAAGGCACAGGCCAGUUGGGAGAAGCGUGUCCUCAAAAGCCUGAACAGCAUUAGCACAGAGCUUGAAGUGCCUCUGGCUCGCAUGAGGCCGGCAGUGGAGCAGAAGGAGCUUGCCAACAAAUGGAAUGAGAUGGGCACAGAUGAACCAGAUUUGAGUCGCUUCAGGCCCGUCUACGCCCCUAAAGACUUUCUGGAGGUGUUAAUCAGCCUGCGAAACCCGAAUCACAAUAGCAGCGAGGACGUAAGUGCCAGGAGCCACUGGGGUCUCAUCCAGGUUCCCCUUGAUGUCAGGGACAUUCCACAGCUGAGGCAGGCCUACUCAGAGCUGAACCUGACCACGGGCCAGCUUGGGAUUGAUGACCUUGCACACAUCCGUCAAGACCUGUUUGAAAGCGAGUAUGUUCAAAUUGGGAAAAAAGUGCUCAUGGAGCAGGACAGCCCAGCGGCGCAGCAGUACAGCCGGCAGGGCUGUCCCACUGGGCUCCGUGCUGACCUGUGGGCUCUCAUCCUGAACUCAACCAACCAGCCUCAGGAUGUGAUGCAUUACGAACAGCUAAGAGCUGGAGUUAUACAGCAUUACCUGCUGGUGGACAACCUGAUCUAUAAGGAUGUGAAGCUCACUGCCAGUAACGACGACUACUACUUUGUGUUUGAAGAUUUCCUCUAUCAGGUGUUGCUGUGUUUCUCCCGGGACACUGCUGUCCUGGAUCACUUCAAAUACAACAGUGCCACUCCGCCCAAAUCCUACAUCCAGGGAAAGGAUGAAGAAUGUGCAGUUGUGUAUCCUCCGAAUGGUGUGAUCCCGUUCCAUGGCUUUUCAAUGUAUGUGGCACCUUUGUGUUUCUUGUACAACGAGCCGUCCAAGCUGUACAGCGUGUUUCGGGAAAUGUACGUCCGCUACUUCUUCAGGUUGCACUCCAUCUCCUCCUCUCCCUCGGGUAUCGUGUCCUUGUGCCUGCAGUUUGAGCGGCUGCUGCAGACACACCUGCCUCAGCUGUUCUACCACCUCCGGCAGAUCGGGGCGCAGCCGUUGCGUAUCGCCUUCAAGUGGAUGGUUCGGGCAUUCUCCGGCUAUCUGUCUACAGACCAGCUGCUUCUUCUCUGGGACCGAAUCCUUGGCUACAACUCUCUAGAGGUAGUUGCAGUCCUCGCAGCUGCCGUGUUCGCCUUCCGCGCCGAGAACCUGAUGGAAGUGACAUCACUGGCCUCAGCUGAGGCUGUCCUCGCUGACCUUUCAACCCUGAAGGUGAUGCCGCUCAUCCAGGUCUUUCUGUUCGCCACCGCCAUCUGAAGAGCAACGGGAGCUUCGCUUUAUAAAACCUGCUUAUUCUACCACCAGGAGGAUAUAAACACUGCAAGAGAAGAGAAGAGCCACUUUAACACUAUUACUACUAAUCAAGAAACACAAGGCGAACGUGUGCUAUAUACAGAAACAAUGAAGAAAACCUUCCACAAGCAUAACACCCCUCCAUAUUGCACUACUCCAAGCAAAAAGCCAAACACUCCUUCAGC